UCGAGCGCUCCUUUGUGGACGGCUCAGCACGUCAGACACUCGUGUCUAAGGAGCUUCGGCAGCCAGGGGCCCUUGCAAUGGACUGCCCCGAGGAGCGCCUCUACUGGUCGGACCUUGAGUUGCGACGAGUUGAACAUGUGCAGCUCAAUGGGGAGCAAAGGAAAGUGCUGCUGUCCAACGUGCAAGCAAAUGCCCUGGCCGUGUUUGGAGACCAGCUCUUCAUCCUGGACCGGGUCGAACAAUGCAUUCUGCGCGCUCACAAGCUGAGUGGUGCUGACAUGCGGCCUCUACAGGCCCGGCGGCCCCAGCUGAGUGCGCUGGUGGCAGUACGGCGGCCAGCAGCGGCGGAGACGGCUCAACCGUGCACGGGUCACCGCUGUUCCCACUUGUGUCGUGCAGUACGAGGGCGCGCGCAGUGCACCUGCCCUCCAGGACUGGUGCUGCGUGGCAGCAACGAAUGUGUAACUGCAGCACGGUGCAGUGCCGAGCGUGAGUUUGGCUGUGCCACAGGUGGCUGCGUGCCCGUGGAGGUUCGCUGUGAUGGAGCCGCCGACUGUGCAGACCGCUCGGACGAACUCGACUGCCCCCCGGGCUGUGCACCGGGCACGGAGUUCCGCUGCCGCGACGGCGGCUGUGUGCCCAAGCCGCGCCUGUGCGACGGCACUGCCGACUGUGCCGACGAGUCGGACGAGUUGUGCUGCGGCGCCGAUCGGUUUGCCUGCCAUUCGCGUGACCAGUGCAUUGACCGGUCGCGUGUGUGUGAUCGGCGACCCGACUGUGCCGACCGUUCGGACGAGCUCGUGUGUGAGGCCGUAAGCAGCGCCGGUCGCACGGCCACCACCACUGUGGUCCUGCUCAUCGUGUUUGGCUCACUGACGGUGCUGCUGGCCAUUGGCCUCUGCUGCUACCAGCAGCGCACACGCACGGCCCCCGCCGCUGCACCACACGCCGCCGCCUAUCGUAUGCUGCCGUAUCCAAAGCCACCGGCAGCCCCACCGCCGUCCAGUACCGCAUCCAGCAAUGGCUACCCGCGUGAGACGCUCAACCCUCCACCUAGCCCUGCCACACUGUAUGGCGGCCCCACGCCGUGCUCAACGGACGUGUGCGAUGACAGUGAACCGUGCCGGUGCGAUGACUCCCUCUAUGACUCGGACCCCAACCCACCACCGCCAACACCACGCAGCCGUGGCUGUGUCUCGGAUGCCAGCUGCCCGCCGUCACCGCUCAAUGAGCGGGCCUUCUGCCACCCUCCUCCACCGUCACCCGUGCCAGAGUCAGACUACUGAGUGUGUACAGGACAUGUUGCUCAUUUUUGUACAAAGUGCCAUCCCAAGUAAAGCACACGUGUCAUUCCUUGCUAACAGGAGCAAGGAUUUGUUGAUUUUGCCACAGCAUGCAGAAAAUGCAUGUAUGGCACCACAGGGUACAAAUCGGAAUGUUGGUUGUACGUACAAGCAAACAGCUGGCAUCAGCACAGAAUGACCAGAGUGGACAGGGUGUGGGCAGAUAAAUGCCUGUUUGGUCAUCCGUACCAGGGCCCCACUCUGUUAACAGAUGGGUUUUAACUAAACUCCUUAUACUUACUUGGCACUGUAGGUGGUGCAAACUUUUUUUUUUUGUACACGUGUUCACAAAAGAAAGUACUGUAUGUAAGAGUGCCAACACACCAACUAAAGGAA